AUGAAAAGAUUUAGUAUGAAAUAUUUUAUUGCAGCAAGUAUUUUAUUCACUGUUUUAUUUGUUGUUACUUUGGAACAAAUAAUUGUUAUUAGUCCAUGGUAUAAUCUUAGAGCAAGUGGUACGAAUGCUAUGAGAUGGGCUACAGAAGGAGCAACGAUGUUUGGUACUAGAAGAAAUAAAACAUUUACAGUAUCACGAGUUACUAGAGCUCAAUCAAGAGAUGAAUUAGAUGGUCUUAUCGUUAGAAAAAGACGAAGAAUAGAUUUUUUCGCACUAACUUUAAAUUGUUCUCGAAUGGCUGGAUGUACUCGAGAACUUCGUUAUAUUAUGAUAAAUUACACUAAUGGAACAAGAUUAAGAGACGUAUUUUUGCUUUAA